CCAAUUACUUUCGACCACCUGGACUAUUCUAGAAGUAUUCGAAAUGCAGGAUGGACUGCCCUAAUAUUGGAUCCUAUAAUUGACGAACUACUAUUUAUACAAGUCCUAAUGGAUGGCGGCAGUAAUUUAAACCUUCUAUAUCCAGACACAAUCCGCAAGUUGGGGAUAGACCGUACUAAAAUUCGCCAUAGCCACACUUCCUUCAAAGGAGUGGCGCCAGGCCCUUGCGCCAAGUGCACGGGCUCCUUACUACUAGAAGUUGUGUUCGGGUCACCCGGCAACGUCCGACCCAAAAAGCUAAUCUUUCACGUCACCCCAUUCAGAAGUAGCCAUCAAGCGCUAUUGGGACGUGAAGCUUUUGUCCGCUUUAAUGCAAUACCACACUACGCGUCUCUUACACUUAAAAUGCCCGGCCCACGCAGCAUCAUCUCAUUAAAAGGUCGUUCAAGACCCCAGACACGGCUAGACGAGUCCGGAAUAAAUAAGCUAGGGCGACAAGGAAAGGAGAAGAAGGGUGGCCUAAUCCACGCGCUCGCCGUCAACCCUCCUGACUUCAUUCACCUUGUCCAUAAUAGGUGCGACAAUGGCUUUGAGCUCUUCGAGAUCAGCGCCCGCCGGCAGCUUCUUGAGGACGCGGGUGCGAUCGCCAUGGGCAAGGGCAUCCUUCUCACGUUCGCGUUGGAGUGCGGCAAGCUCCUCACCCUUCCCUUUCAUCUCACCUUCCCGCCUGGACAGCUCCUCGGCGGCGUGCCUCUGCUGCUCUUCGGCUUCAGCCUUUUCAAGGAUGAACGCCUUCUUCGCCUCGAUGAGCUGCGCCCUCUCCUCAUCAAUGGACCGGAGGGCCUCCUGGUUAAGGUUCUGGAGCUCCUCCGCAUGCUUCUCUAUGUCGACUCCCGCCCCCCGGCGGAGGCGAGCACCUCUCCGUCAAAAGACUCUCCCUUGAUCGGUGCCCUGGAGCUCGACGCCUAG